AUGCCGUCUUCGAUGUCCUCUGUCCUCAGCACUAGUUCUGCAACUACAUCAACUUCUACAGCGUCAUCUUUCUCACAUAAUAACAUGUCUGUUCCGGGCAUACUGUCAGAGGGUUGCUCGUUAAGGCGAUUUCAAGAUGACGCUGGGCAAGCUUCCAUCUCGCCAGACCGACGCAUUGCGCCUAUUCGGCUUCGCGGUUCGCCCAAUGACCGCCGAGUCGUAACUCCCUCCUCUCCCUCUCCUCUUUCGUCCCCGAGUCACUCGACUUCCUCCGUCAUUGGGAAUACAACCAAUACCCCUAUUUCUGCUGCCUUUCCAUAUAUUUACAACAAUACUUCGAGUCAUACAGCUGAACAACCAACCACUUCGCCAGUUAAGCGUCGUAACCCUGUGGCGACACUUGCCUUUCGUCGUAAAGAGUCAUUGCCUCAGCUGCCCUUAUCUCGCUUCACUCAGCAGCAAUCGCACCAGCAUCAAGAACAGCAGAACUGCCAAAUUACGCAACAACCAUUGAACGUUUUGACAAGAGCUUACAUUCAACAGCGACGAAUUGCUAGUCCUGAGGAUGCAGACACAUUUACUUCGCUAUCGGUAAACCCAUCUAUCUAA